UGUGUGCAAAAUAUGACCUUUAGCCACACGAUCGGCUGAUACAUGUACAUGUAUAACAUAUAUUAGUACAUAUAAACAUUUUGCAGACAAGGACGUUAUAUGGGAAUUACGGAAAGGCGUACACCCUAGGAAGUUAUACACAUCGAAAGACAUCAACUAGUGUCAGAACCUGAGGGAUUUGUUCACAUCUUUUACAACAUGUCUGUAGACGAAGAUUCCAAUAGACAUUUGCCGUUAGCUGUGGUGGCGAUAGAUUUUGGUACAACAUACACCGGAUAUGCAUAUUCAUCUAGGAACGAAUUCCAGAAAAGUAAAAGUAAUUGUGCCGGGAUUAUCAACCAUAACAAUUGGGCAUCAGGAUUUGCAGGACUCUACUCCUUUAAAGCCCCGACCGUGGCUCUUUUCAAUUCGGAAAAGGAAUUCGAUUGUUUUGGAUAUGAAGCGGAGGACAAGUAUGCGAGACUUGCAGAAAACAAAGUACAUCAUAAGUGGUAUUAUUUCAGUAGAUUUAAAAUGCAGCUCUUCGACAAAAUGAAACUGUCGCGAGACUUUGCUAUAGCCGACCAGUUAGGAAAGUGUCUUCCUGCUAUAGAUGUCUUUUCAGAGAGUAUUAAAUAUCUUGCCAAAGCUGCAAAAAAGGAAUUUGUGAACGCAGGUCAAGACAAUCUUGUUUCUGACAUCAUAUGGGUCAUCACAGUUCCUGCAAUCUGGAAUGAACCCGCGAAACAGUUCAUGAGGCAAGCGGCCAUCAAGGCUGGGAUCGACAAAGACAACCUGAUGUUAGCUUUGGAACCCGAGGCUGCAGCCUUAUACUGUCGGUAUCUUCCCGGUAAAGAGGCAAACGACAUCCGCAGUUAUUUCCAUGGUGGUCGAUACAUGGUCGUGGACAUGGGAGGCAAGUGA